CCGAGCCGAGCCGAGCGCGGCCGAACCGAGCCGAGCGGGGCCGAGCGGGACCGAGCCGAGCGGGGCCGAUCCUGCAGUGUCUGCAUCCCUGCGGAUGCAUAACCCCGUUUUCCACGGUAUGUCAGUGUUUCUUAAGGAGCCAAGACUCAACAAUCCAUGGGAUGAGGUUUGUAAAAAGGAUCCUGGUUGAUGGCCUUGAUCUGCAGCUCCGUGAGGUGAUUUCCAGUAACCUUGGCAUCAGAGGGGAGCGCUCAGGGAAGCAGCCUGUCCUUCUGGCCAAGCUACCUAAGCCCACAUCGCUUCUCCAGCAUCAGCAAAGGCACUGGAUUUGUCAAGCCUCAACUUGCCACCUGAGCCCUGGAAGAACUUAGAGGAGAUCCUCAACAUCUCUGGUUCUCCCUGGAUCAGUGGUGAAGCAGAGCAGCAGCACGGAGGAGCAGGUGAACCUGGCAGGGCUGCCUGCAGCUUUGGACAACACACUCAUGGUCCCCAGGAGUGGCCUUCAGCAUGCAGCUGGCACAUCCUAUGGAUACAAACUGCAGUGCCUCUGGAGCCAGGUGAGGAAGAUUGCCAAGGAGAGGGACAAGGCGAGGCUCAAUUUGGAGAAGGCAGAGAGACACUGCCUGCAGCUGGGCAGGGAGCUGGAUGAGCAGUACAUCGCUCUCGAGCACACCCAGAGCAAGCUCAGGAAUUUUCAGGCAGAAAUAGAGGCAAAAGAGCUGCUUUUGCAGCAAGCAGUGAGUCACCAGGCAAAGCUGGAAGCUGAUACACGGCUCCUCCAGGGCAAAGAGGCCAACCUGCAAGGGAGACUGAACCAUGUGAUGAAGGAGAACUCACAGCUGCAAAACAAGGUCACGGAGAUGGCUGAGAAACUGUCAGCCUCUGAGGAAAUGGUGUUGGAGCUGCAAAAAGAGCUCAGCCACAUUGUGAAGGAUAAGCUGGAGCAGGGGGAGCCCCACAGCCCAGAGUUCCUGAAGCAGAGCGAGCGCUUUGCCGAGAUUGUCCUGGAGUACAAGCAGCAGUGCCAGAGAGUCAAGGUGCUGUACGACCAGAAUGGAGCACUGCGAAGGGAGCUGCAGAGGCUGCGCCUCCAGCUGCAGGAGAGCAGGGCUGAGGGAGGGCUGCCAGCAGCAGAGAUGUCGCUCCCAGUGGAGCAGCUCCAAGAGCAGCUGCAGGACCUGAAGGUGCAGCUGGAAACCAAGAGUGAGAAGAGCAAGGAGGAGCUCUCUCACCCAGAUGUCAAGAGGCAUCAGCUGGGCUGUGAACCCCCUAAGCACAAGGCUGGUUACAGUGAUGGCCUUGGCACUGCCCAGCUGCAGAGCCAGAGGCUUCUGGAGGCUGAAUGGCUACUAGGAGCAGAGAUUGCUGCAAGGCUGGAGCACCACCAGAGGCAUGCAGCAUGUUGGAUGGAGAUGCAGCUGCUCCAGCAGCAGCUCCAGGCCUCGCAGGAAAAGCUCUUGGAAGCCAAAGCAAGCCUGAGCCUGGCCCAGACCCAGCACGCUCUGCAGUUGCAGCAGGCCAAGGCCCAGAUAAACAACAUGGUGCCAAAGAAGCAGUUUGAGCAGCUGCAAAACACCUUGAGAGAGGAACAAUGCAAGACUCAGCAGCUCCAGGAAAGCCUCCAGCAGCAGGCUGACCAAACAUGCAGGCAGCUGCUCAGGACCCAGGAGGAACACGAGCAUCUGCUGCAGGCAGCUGCGGAGCAGGCAGAGGGACUGGAACACAGUCUGAGGAAUGCUGAAGCUGUGCUGGCAGAGAGGGCAGCUCAGCUCAGAGAUGCCCAGGCCCAACUCUCCAGGAACAAACUAUUGAUUGAAGAGCUCCGUGGAGAGAACAGGAGGUUUGCAAUGGCCCUGCAGGCUGCUGAGCUGAAGCAGAAGAGCAUGGAGGAGAAGAACCAGCUGUUGGAGGAGCAAGCCUCAGCUCUGAAGCAGCUUAUUGGAAAAAUCACACCAGCAUCUCUGAGUGGAUGAUGGGACAUCUGCAGUGGCAGCCCCUGGUCCUGGCUGGGGUUGGUCAGGUGCAGAAUGGGAGGUAUGGCUAGGUUGGGAAAUCAGCCUUGUCCUCUCUGGUCUUGCCAGGAUUUUCCUGUGCAGAAAAUAGCAAAUGGGGAGCCCAGAGUCCUUCAAGGAAAUUGGUCCUGUGGAUAGCUGAAUUUUCCAACUGAAAGCAGCAGCUUUGGUGCCUUUCUCAGUGGCAGUGUGCUGUUAGGUCAGGUCUGUCUCAGGGCAGCCAUCUCACAGGAUUUUCUUUGGCACAGUGUUUGGUGGUGAUGCAGGUGCUUCCUCUCUGCAGAAGGUUGAUAUUGGAGCCACAGUUACAUCUCAAAAGCCAGGGCAGAUGGGCUUGCAGGUCCUUGUGCUUGGCUCACUCCGAGCAGGAAAGCUGAGUUGUGGCAUAAAGAUGUUUGUAAUGUUACAGCACCUCCUGCCAUCCCCAGUCUGCUCUGUAUUUCAGUAACCUUGCCCAACUGCUGCUGAACAUCUAUUCCUGACAGCUCCUCCUAAAGCCUGAGCAUGGGAUCCAAAGCCAACCAGAUUGUUGCCUCUGCAGUGAGCAGGACAGAGCAAUGCUGUAGUGCCCCAGGCAUUUAUCCUGUUCCUGCAUUCUUCUCUGUUUGCUUUUUCAGGUCCAGUCUGAGAUGGGGGCUAAGCAAACCUCUAGUCUUACUUAGGGCUAAUGUUUUUCCAAGUGUUCUCUCAGACACUGUGCAAUUAGGAGAACAAGACAGGGAAAGCAGUUCUUCAGCCUUUUUCUGGUUUUGUGCUAACUGGAAUCCUUAAAAUCCUCUGCUCCCUUUCCCACCCCUACUCCAAGUAGCCCCUAGGCCCUGCCAGAGCAGUGCUCUGGGAUAAGAGAUUCUUCAGAGGAACAGAGGCACAGCCAAGCACACUGGGAAAAACCCAGGCCCAUGGCCCAGACUGCAGUGACUAUUCACACAGCGCCUCAAGAAACAACAUUUAUGGGUCUCUGAUGGGGGACAAGGCUUCAUGUCUAAUCCUGGAAAGAACCUUGUGCAGCCUUAUCUGAUGCUUGGAGGAGCAGUUCUACUGAGGCACUUAAAUAACCAUCACACUGCAGGGUCAGGAUGGCUUUGGCUGGAGAGCUGGAUCAGAGUGCUGAAUGAACACCACAUUAACUCUUAAAACCCAAGAGACUGAGGCUGAAGCAGUUCUUUAUUUUGCAACCAUGGAGCUUUCCUGGCUUCUAGAGCCCAGCCAGUCGGUAUCUUACUCCCACAUGCACAGUGUGAACAAAGAACUACUCCAAACAAAAAUGCACUCACAAACCCUGGUUGUAGCUGUGGGGCUUGGAUAAAGCCCCCCCACUAUCCUGGAUUCCCAGGAUUGCUACAUUACCAGUAUGCACCCUUUGCUCAUGAAGAGCUGUGGUUUUAAGGCAUCAAAGGCUGUUAGGAGGAGUGGCAGGGUGCCACUGCAGAAAUACUGAUGUGUCUGAAGUCCUGCACACACCAGAGCUCAGUCCCCAUCGUGGGCAGGCCACCAAGCAAGAGUUGUCCCUCCUGUCCUGCACACUUAGGACAGAACGUGCUCCAGGACUCCUUGUCUGAUCAACUGCUCGCAUUUCCAGCGGGGUAAAAAGUGCUGCACAGAAACACAGAAAAACCCUCCUUGAAGUUGUUGGAUUUGUUGCUGCACACAACCAGCUCUGUUUGCUGUGCUGUAUUUCCAGUGCCUCAUGGUACCAGAUCAGGCAGAGCUGCAGUCUGGACCACGCAGACAGCACGUGCAAGAAGCUGUGUGUGCAGGGACUGGGACAUGCUGCAAGGCCAGGAUAAGCAGGGGGAUGUCAUGGGAGUGAAAGGGAAGGAAGAGAACAGACCACACUCCUGUCACAGGUACCUGGCUGUUCUUUUUCAGCAGGAUGGUAGUGCCAUCAUCGAUCUCAAACUCCCCGUGGUCUCUUAAACACCGCACCUGCAAAGUGGAAACACAGCUCUGUAAGAGUCCAUUGAAAAAAACCAACCACCCCCCUUGCUAACAGUCCUCAGCACAGGAACAUGGUUUCUAGUUGGUCUAAUUAGUUAAGCUUCUGCAGAAAGCUGCAAAAACCUCUUCCUGGAUAGUUCACCCCACCACAAACUCCCUGCAGACUAGAAAUGCCACCUUUCAAUGUACUAUGUGCCCUCAGUAUGAGGAGUAAAAUGCUGGCAGGCAGAGUAAAACACAGAAACCUGUGAAAACUUUGGAACUCUGAAAGGCUUUGCUUGAUGAACUGAAUUGGGACAGGGAUGAAAUGCUCGAAAAGAGAUGGUCAAGAAAAGGUUUAUUCACAGAUAGAAACCAGAAAUCUUACACUUACUUCAAUGUACAAGCUUUUAGGAGGUUUAAUGUCCUGUGUGAGAUCCAGCCCCUCCUCUCCUCCUACUGACCUCAUGUAGGUAGCCAGAGUCUUUUUGUACCGAUUGAACCACUCCACCUGUGGACAUUAACAGGGUUGUACCCACAGACGAUGAACACACACAAAUAAGUAUUUACAGAAAAACAUGUUAAGUGUCAUGUUUAUAGUGGGGGGAAGACUACUCUGUUUUGAUUGUACUAAAUAAUCCUCCAGGAGGAAUAAAUGGAAAGAGGGGAA